AUGCUUAAGGAUAAGAAUGAUAGAUAAUAAUCUUAAGAAUAAUCAAAGGAAACGUAAUUCACUUAUGAAUUGCUUCCUCAAAUUUACAUUCAAAAAAAAAUGUGUUGGGCAAUUGCCUUUGAUUAUCAUACAAAAUUUUUAAUAACGGGAGCUGAAUCCAACAUCAUAACUAUGCAAUUCAAAAGUGGGGCAUUAAAAAGGAUUCAAAUUAUUUAAAAACAUGAAUCCUGGAUAACUACCCUUAAUUUCUUCAGAUAAAUGCCAUUAUUUAUAUCUGGAUCAUCUUGCAUUAAAAUAUGGUCUUAAAACUAGUAAGCCAAUCCAAAGUUUCUAAUGAAAUUAUCAGAGCACAUUUCAAAUAUUCAAUGUUUAGUACUUCGUAAUUUAAACCCGUUGGUUAUAAUUAGUGGUUCUAAAGACAAGAAUAUAAAAUUUUGGUAUUAAUAGGAAGCGCAGUGGAUUUGUAAAUAAACAAUUAGAGAGCAUUCAAAUACAGUUUGUGGGUUGUCUUUAAAUUAAGAAGGCAACACUUUAAUUUCUUGUGGAGAGGAUGAUGUUAUCAACAUUAUAAAAUGUUAGGAUGAUCAUCAAUGGAAGGUUGUUUAAAAAUUGGAAGGAUAGGGUGUUAGAUUGUCAUUUAUAUCUAAGGACAUAUUUGUAUUUUAACCAUGGUAAGGUAGUAAACUUGAACUCUAUACAUAUUCAACAUAGAGUGGAUUAUAUUAUAAAUAUCAGGAAUUACCAAUUUAAUGA